AAAACCAAGUCUGAAUUUUGGACUACACAGUUUUUCCUCUGUUUUCCCCUUUUCUUUAUUACUUUUUCUUUCCUCUGAAUCUCUCUUGAUAAUCGUACUCUCCACAGUACUCACUUUAAAAUUAAAAAAACAAUUAGUACUUCAUCCAUUACCAAACCUCACCAAAGACCCCAACCCUGCUUUUUCUUUUCAUCUCUCUGCGUUCCUUUCAAAACUCCCUCCACUCUCAUAAACAGACACCCACAAACACACAAAAAAUUCGAUUUUGUUUCCAUCAAAGUAUCCAACUUCACAGAGUACUCUGUUUACUCACAUAAAAAAAAGCCCCAGAAUUUUGAUUUUUCUCGUUUGUUCUUGAGAAUUUUUAUUCUGGGGGUUUGAGAUUUUUGGUUUAUGAUCAGUUUCUGGGUGGGUUCUGGUGUGGGUUUGAGCUGAAACUUUGAUCUUGUUUUUGUAUUGGGGGUUUUGAAGAUGGAGGAAGAAACUAGUAGUAGUAGUAGUAAGCUUAGGUUAGUUCGGUGCCCUAAAUGUGAAAAUCUAUUGCCUGAGCUGCAAAAUGUACCAGUUUAUCAAUGUGGUGGUUGUGGUGCUGUUCUUCAAGCAAAGAAACAAUUAGUGGUUAGUAAUGGUAUUUUAAGUAAUGGGUCAUCUGAGACAUCUGAUGAAACAAAGAAAUUAGAUGAGAAAAGGGGAGAUUUUGAUGUUAGUAAAGAAACUUCAGAUUUAGGUAGUAAUAAUGGAGGAGGAGCAGUAGAAUCUAAGCUGAGUGUACUUCCUGAGAAGCAAGAGAUGGAAAGUGUUGUGGUUUCAAGGAAUGUGAGUGGGGAAUCGUCCAACAUUGGCGUCGUUAAUGGCCGUGUUGCUCAAAUUAGGGAUGAACAGAUUAAAGUUAACAUUGUGGAGUCUGGAGAAAGAGAUAGAUCGGCAGCGUAUAGGAGGACACCGAGAUUUGUUGCUGAGGAUGUGAGUUUUUCGCAUCCUAAUGGAGAGGAAGUUGGAGGGUUGAAAGCUUCUGUUGGAGUUGCCAAUGGGUAUGGAAGAGCUGAGCAUGUUAAUAGUUUUAAGGACAGGGAAAGGGAUGAUGCAGCGUAUAGGAGGGCGCCGAGAAUUGUUGUUGAUGAUGUGAAUUUCCAGGGUUGUUCUUAUCCUAGUGAAGGGCCUUCCAAUUAUCAACCAGGAUUGUCUUACGGUAAUGCUGCAAAUCAUUUGGAUGGUGUGCAAGAUAGGGUUGAAUUUCUUGAACAGGAUCGAGCUGAACUUUUGAGGAAGCUGGAUGAGCUGAAGGAGCAACUCACUAAAUCUUGCGAUGUGUCAGAGAAAGCGAAACAAAGGGUUCCAGCUCCACAUCCUUAUGCUCGUCAGAAUAAUCGGUUUCCAAACAACGGUGCUAGAUCGCAGCAAGUUCUCUCACAACCUUUUACGGCAGAUGAGCAUAUAAGAAAACCACCUUAUGUCAGCCAUGUCCAUGAACCUGUUCCAAUGAUGCAUGGGCAUGAGAUGGAUAUGCAGAAUUUUUAUUCAGCUCAUGUCAAUGUCUCCAAUGAAAGGCGAGGACACGGGGAUCUAUUUGGACCCAACGUGCUUGGGAGGGCUCCAAACCGACAACGGCGUGAAUACCCACAUCAAUCUUCUAAUGGUUACUAUUCAGGACAGUUCAUUGAUUCUGAUCCAGAGCUUAUUUCACCAUAUCCGCAUAACAAUACAUUCUUCCACCAGCCUGAAUGUCCUUGUUCACAUUGCUACAACAAAAACUGGUUACCACCAAGCCAAGGCCUGCCUGUGAGUUUCCCCAAUAGAAGGUUCGCGGAUGGUCCAGGAAAUCCAGCAUUCUACCACCUUGACGAGCCUCGAGCAUAUGAUCCCUGGGGUUACAAUCAUAGAAGUACCAAUCUUCCAUUACAUUCUCAUCAUCCGCAUACCCAAAUGAGAAGGAAAAAUGAUCUUGAUGCAGAAAUAGGAGGUUUUGGACGUGAUUGUCUUCAGAGGGUUUCUUUAGCUAAAAGGAACGGGCGGCGUUGCCUUCCAAUAGCCGGUGGAGCUCCUUUUAUUACAUGUGCUAAUUGUUUUCAGCUGCUUCCGUUACCAAAGAAGCUUUUGCAGAUGGAAAAGAAUCAACAGCAACUGAGGUGUGGGUCUUGUUCUUCUGUAAUGUCAAUUUCGGUUCAGGAUAAGAAGCUUGUAAUUUCUGUAGCUACACAGACCAUAGAACUUCCUCAAGAGACCCACGACAGUUCUGAUCAGGCAAUAGAUGGUGGUUACCAGGGCCAAGUGAAUUACUAUUCGGAUGACUAUGAUACAGCUGGUUGUAACUUCUUGCACAUGGAUGAGCUGCUGAACUCAAGUGAGUCUGAGAAGAUGCAGGGCAACCUUACUUCAUCUUCGGGCACUUUCGAGGAUGAGGGAAGUCCUGAAAGCAUGAUUGCUCAACAAGAAGCUUCCAGCUCUACUGAACUACCAAAGAAAGUGAUCGUGAGUCCAACACUUACUGGUUCACCUAUUCAUGAGCAUUAUGAUGAUCCCAGAGACCAACUCGUGAGCAAGUUUGGAAAAGGAAACAUGAGUAAACGCAUUGACCAAGAGAAAAUUGUUGUUGCUAGAGCGGCUUCCAGGCAGAAUUCCUUGAAGGAUGGAAUGUUGGCCACAGAGAUGGAAAUUUCAUUCAAUGAUUAUGCAAAUAAUGGCGUAUGUCAUAGUUCGAAAGAGGCAAACAAGGAAGAAGAUAGACCAAGAAACUGCAAAAGUGGUAACUCAUUCCUGGGUGGACUCAUCAAGAAAAGCUUUAAAUCUAACCAAUCCCGGGAGAAUGAUGGAGUGUUUGUCAACGGGCAGCUCAUAUCAGAUCGAUUGGUGAAGAAGGCCGAGAAGAAAGCUGGACCCAUCCGCCCUGGUAGUUACUGGUAUGAUUCUCGAGCUGGAUUCUGGGGUAUAAUGGGCCAACACUGUCUCGGCAUAAUUCCGCCAUUCAUCGAAGAAUUUAGUGUUCCAAUUCCCAGGAACUGUUCAGGUGGAGAUACUGGGGUAUUAGUGAAUGGGAGAGAGCUUCAUCAAAAAGAUUUGGAUUUACUUGCUAGCAGGGGGCUUCCAACAGAAAGUGAUAAAUCUUAUAUCGUUGAGAUUUCUGGUAGAAUUCUAGAUGAGGACUCUGGUGAAGAACUUGAUAGCCUCGGCAAACUUGCCCCAACAGUUGAGCGUGUGAAGCGUGGAUUUGGUAUGCGCAUCCCCCAAAGUGUAGCUGCAUAGUCUAGUCACCUCACUGAAAUUCAAAAUUUCAGCUGCCUUUUAACACCGGUGAAAUAGAACGAGAUAACAAGAAUUUCAGUCACAUAUCAGGGUAUAUUCCUGUUACAGGUCCUAAUUUGAUUCAGCGCAGGUAUGGGUAAUCUAAAAAUCUAAGGUUGUGAGCUUAUUCUUUUUGUAACUAUGUCAAGUUUAUCUAGCUGGUACUUAUUAUGCUAAGUUGUAAUCCUAAGUUAGUUGCUGCUUCCCCUGAAAAGGUCCUGCUAAUAUAUAUGUAUCCUGUAUCUCCUCAGCACUUACCAAUCAUCUUCCAGCUCUCUGGAUGCUACUACUAUAUAAUGUAUGUAGAAUUUGUAAUAUGUUAUUGGUCUUUUUGAAUGUGAUCUACAAAUCGCCAUAGUCUUCCCAAAUAUGGUGUUUUGUCUGACCACAUGCCUCCUAA